ACUCGCACAUCCGAGAAAUCUUUUGUAACGUUAUUUGGUGUAAUUGAUGCGGUCAUAUUUAUGCAUUGUGUUCGCUGACACGGCCCUGAAGCUGACCGGUGUAUAGGAUGCUGCAAUGUAGACUAUUCCGUAAGGGUGUGUUCGCUCCCCACGAAGCCUUUACCAGACGUCCUUACCAUACAAAUGCCAUUUGUUCAACUUAAUCAGAUCGCGUAAAGUCACGUUUAACGAAUUCAUCUGAGUAGUUUCAUGUCUACUAGGACAUUAAAAAUAUGAAAUGAAUCAGCUGCGAAUGCUAUAAUCGAAGACAUUGCUAGUGAGCGCCACCCACAACGAGGUAGUUGGAGUUGGCGAAGCUUGGCACCAGUAUCAGAAUGAGCGAGGAGACAGACGCGUUGUCUGUGGUGACCCGGCUUAAGGAGUUGGCCUCAGACCCGCUGAAUAGGCGUGCUAUAGUCCAGGACCAGGGCUGUCUGCCUGGACUCAUUCUGUUUCUGGACCAUCCAAACCCACAAGUGGUCUACUCUGCGUUACUGGCUGUAAGACACCUGGCAGAGUGCUGUGCUAACAGACGGGAGUUGAGAAGGGAGUUGGGAAUGAUGCUGAGCCUCCAAAGCAUCAUGCACAGGGAGACCACAACAGGUGAGGCAAAGCUGCUGGCAUCAGAGGUCUAUGAAUUGCUGCGGUCAUGGACUGAGGAGACAGAUGAGGGAGAGGAGGAGAAAGAUGAAGAAGGGAGACCCAGCAGACGAAAAGCUCAGUUCUUUCUGGGCUCCACAAACAAACGGGCCAAAACCAUCAUACUGCACAUUGAUGGACUAGACGAUUCUUCCCGUAGGUCUCUGUGCGAGGAGGUUCUACUGAAAAUUCGUGGGGUAAUAAGUUUUACCUUCCAGAUGGCAGUGAAGAGGUGUAUCAUCCGUAUACGAUCAGACCUCACAGCAGAGACGCUGGGCUCUGCAAUCGCAUCCACUAAAGUGAUGAGAGCGCAGCAGGUGGUGAAAGCAGCCAAUGGAGAUGAGGUGCUUAUUCCGAUUCCUCCCGACACCGAGGAAGAUGUGGAGUGUGUGUCAGUGAGUGUGAAACUGCCAGAGUACCUGUCUGAAGAUGACAGUCCUUCUGCUGAAGGGGCGGGGAGAAGCCUGAGCCGUGUUGGCUCAGCCAAUGAGAACACAGGCUGGCUUGCCUCUGCUGCCAACUUUUUGUCCAGGUCAUUCUACUGGUGACUACUUCCUGCUUCAUCUUUUUAAAGCUUUCCUGCCUCUUUAAAAAUACACUCUCUAAAUGUGGCCCAGAUGGACAGCAUUUGAGUCCGUAGCCAUGUGGAUACUCUGAUAUUCUCCUCUAAAAACACAUACGCA